UGAAUUGGCAAAGUGGCAUCGAUCGCAUCACUGAAAGACAAAUUUUUUUCUCGAUUACUUUUUGUAAAUAUUUACGUGCUGGCAUUGAAAUGAAGCUAAUGUUAUGUGAAAUGAUCUGGUUAACGAUCAUGUUUGUGUAUUAUGCCACGCCCACUUUGGGGUACUUGAAUAAAACGCAAGAAUCGGAAACUCCAACGACAGCCUCAACACCCACAAACAAUAAAUGCAUAUUAUCAACGGGAUCAGCCGGUGAAUGUGUUGAUAUCAGCAAAUGUCCCAUUAUUCUGAAUGAGCUAAAGACAGAAAAGGUCGAUCCUAAAACUAUCAGAUAUAUAAGAGAUUCGAAUUUGAUUUGUGGCCAGAUUGGUCAUAAUGUCUGCUGUCCCAAAGAGAACUCUUUAGUGGAGCCAAUUCCACGUCGUUUGCCCACCGAGGAAGAGGGAUGUGGUAAGCAAAUAAACGGUUUCUCCAAGAAGAUCGCUGGUGCCUUUCCUGCCAGCAGGAAUGCCUGGCCAUGGAUAGCGUUACUUGCCUACACUUAUGGAUCUUCAUAUGUCUUGAAGUGCGGUGGCACCUUGAUCACCACGAGACACGUUCUCUCAGCUGCUCAUUGUAUUCGCGAUGAACUGUCCUUUGUACGUUUAGGCGAGCAUGAUCUCUCCACAGAAACAGAUACUAAGCUUGUUGAUAUUAAUGUAGUCAAGAAAGUAGUUCAUCCACAAUUCAAUAGUCUCAGUGGUCGUGCUGACCUUGCGAUUGUCUAUUUGGAACGUAACGUGGAUUUUAUGGAUUUAAUAGUGCCCAUUUGUUUACCUACUUCUCCGACCUUACGAUCAAAGUCCUUUGUGGAUUUAUAUCCCACCAUCAUUGGGUGGAGCAAAACUCAAGAGGAAUGCCAAUCUGUGAAUAUUUUAACUGCAAAUCAAGUACCAGUUUGGGAAAACAAAGUCUGCCGAGAUAGUUAUGCCAAAUUGAAUCGAAGUUAUACUGAGGAUCAGUUCGAUGGCGCCACUAUAUGCGCCGGAAAUAUGGGAGGUGGCAAGGAUUCCUGUCUAGCCGAUCCUGGGGGUCCGAUAAUGAUUCCCGAAAGAUAUGAAAAUAAUUUUAGAUUCUACCUGAUUGGAGUUAUGGCUUACGGCUGUGAAUGUACCACGAAAAAUGCGCCUGCUAUUUAUACGAGCACACAAUACUUCAUGGACUGGAUAAUCGAGAAGGUGGAGGACACGCCAUGAACUGUAAUUGUAUCAGCGUAGCUAUGUAGUACUUAACAUAAAUAAUAUUUUAAUAAUAAGCAAUGAUUCUGUUUACUUAUCAUGCUUGGCAAUCUUUUUGCUGUAAGACAUUUGACUUAAGAGAAGAUAAA